AUGUUGAAGUCAGGUGUAAGCUUUAAAAGCGGCGAUAUCAUUUUGACGGAGACCACACUAGCUCAUGCCCUCUCGAAACUCGCAUCGCCCUAUUACUGUGCCUACUGUGUAACCGCGUCAGACAACCUGUUGCAUUGCGCCCAGUGCAAACGUGUCUACUACUGCAAUCGACAGUGUCAAAAGGCAGGCUGGGCAUUCGGUCAUCGCGGUGAAUGUAAGUUGAUCGCAAAGGCCGGAGAAUUGCCGUCUGCUACACUACGUCUUCUCCUUGCUCUCAUCACCACGGAGAAGUACAAGGAUGCCUCCAUUUUCGACUCCUUCGUAUCGCAUCUCGAGGAGAAUCUCAGGGAUCCUGAAACCAAGUCGGAGAUAGACCGUGCUUUCGCUGACCUGUUAAUUUUCUCCGAUAAUACUCUCCAGAUUUCAGGCAGUGACUUUGAAGUACUCUUUUGCAAAGUUUGUUUUGCCCCCUUCCUCUGUCGAACUGUUAGGAAGGGCGUAAAACUGGAGGCCACCCGAAUGAGAGUUUAUUAUGUACAAAACCUGGAGUUGUUUUCUCGGGUGGGAUUUGCCGCUGGCGUUGUCCAGGGCUGCAUUUCCCGCCUCGGGGCAAAGCCCGGCAAUGGGGAGCGGACUUACGGUGUCCUUGCAGUCCGUGUUGCAACCCUCUGUCUGAGAUAUGACAGUUGCUUUUUAGUGAUUGUCAAGCGCGUUCACUUUUGGCAUGAUUGGGUGGGUCGGAAUAUGGCCACCUACUGCGUGAGGCACCUAAGUGGCCCUUGA